GCACAGUCUUUGAGGUGCUUUUAAACCUUUAAAUUUACAUUGUACCAUGGCAAUUUAUUUAGACCUGUCAAAAAUCUCCUUCAGGUCCUUCAUGUUGUAUUACUGUGACGGAUUCAUGGAGCCAUGCGUAGCUGUGUCUCUGUUAUCGUCAUGUUAGGGUCACUGGUAGAAAUAAUGUCAUGGCACUUUUAUGAAAGGGGCUCGGUAAUGACUAUUAACCUAUAUCCAACCAAUCAGCGACAAGCACUAGUGGUGAGCAGUGACAUCAGCCAUAUGGACACGAGGUUUGUUUCAUCUGUGGCCAAAAGUAUUUGCCCUCAAACUGAAAUGCGGAGCGAAAGCGAGAAACAGUUUAACUAAAUUGCACGAGACAUUUAUUAAUUUGUUUCGAUUUCAAUAGGAAGUGAAAAAAUUCAUUGUGAUCCACAAUUUAGCAAUUAGCAAUUCUCUCCUGUACGUGAUGUACAGUUUUACGUAAAUUUGAUAGUUAAAUAAAUUUUUCUAAAUUACGAUAACGCCCAUAGUCUAGCUGAUUAAUCUGUCUGUUUUCAUAACCUUUUAGCUGGAUUAUGCAUUUUAAGAAGAAGCCAUCCUUUAUUCAUUUCUAAUUGAUACACCUAAUACCAGUAACUUCGUCAUAGAAAAAAUUAAAAAGAAAAUACGGAAAAGCGAAAUUCGAAUUAAUGAGCUUAUAGCAUGGAUAAACAUACGGCAUGAAGAGAUAGGGAUGUAUUUUAAUUUGUGGAGUUGAUAAAAAUUUCCAAACACCAUCUGAUACUCUUUCGAAGUUGAAAUAGUUUUUCAGUGGAGAUUCUGUGAAAAGUUUUCGACUGCUGGGCAUAACCGAACAUAUAUGAUAAAAAGAUACGGCGAUUGAGGAAAUAGAUGACCAACAGGAUGGUAAACAAAGUCGCGUGAUCUCGGCGAACGGCUAAGCGCAUGAUUCGCCUUUUUUAUUUCAUGAAGACUGUACUAAGAAGCUAUAAGAAACUUUCUGCUUUGCGUCUUUCAGCUAGUUUUAAGAUGGCAGCAAGUUACUUUAGAUGUACAAUUUUGUGACCUUUUUAGGGACGAAUGGAAACUUUCAGUAGAAAGUACUGGAGUUGCAUGAUUAGUUUUGAAUCACUUCAGAAGAUUCACUUUUCAACACCCACGCUGUCUGCACGACGCUGUCCGAAAAACGGCUGUUAAUGAAAAUAUUCAAAAUACGAACGCCAGAGCGGAAACCAAGACCUCUACAUGCAUCUCACAGUUAAGAUUUGGGGGCGAUGUUUUGUCUGCGACAGAGAUGAUCAUUUAUAGCAUAUAUUUUUUUAUAGCAAGAAUAACAAUUGCCCGGAAAAAAGAGUCAAACAAAAAUAUUUCUUCUUAGUGAAGGUCAGAAGCUGUCGUCAGUUACUUCGUAACUUUUUUUCUCAAUUUACGCAGAAAAAAUAUCAAGGUAACGCGAGUUAUAAAACGAGAGUUUUGGGCACCUUCUUAGAACAUGAUGACUAAAGUUAAAAGGGCCUUAUCAUUUAUUUAUUGAGUAGUUACCUCCGCUUCUUUCUAGAUGUUGCUUUGCAAUAGAGAAAUGCCAAGGUGGAGACAAAGUUCAUGAGCAGUGUCAACAAAAUCACGAGACAUUUGAUCAACUGCUCGAGGAUUACACAAAAACAGGUACGAACAAUGCACACAGUCCAGUUAGGCGGCGAGUAAUGCCCAUGUUGGUGAUACUUUUCUCUUUGCUUUUCAUCAGAAAAAUUAAUCUUGUACGUAGAGGUUUUGACAUGAUGUUUUCGCUGAGUAUACAAAGUAAGUGAUCCGUCCUUCAUGAUACGUUCAGCCAGUGGAGUCAGUCAAACAUUUUUGCCAUAUUCCUUAAAUUAUUCAUAACUUGCCAACGAAUUCCUGACUAACAAAUUCGUUUGAAGAGGUACUAGAUAACAUCUUUUAAACUUGCCUUCCAAGAAAAAAUUAGCAUAAAGAAUAAGUAACACAUGUAUCAACUCAAUCAAGCUGAUUAUUUCAGCUCACGGACAGAGCAGUUUACCCUAUUGCCAGUAAAUCUUGGAGGUCUUCAUUUCGUUUUUCACCUUCGCUGAUCAAGUCCGAAAGGACGACUUGAGAAUCCGACGGUGGCGGAAUGAAUCUUUUCUGAUAAACAAGAUACAUACAGACCGUGAUAUAAAGUAUAAUAGCAUGCUAGCCUGAACUUCGGACAGUCAGGAAACCACGAAUUUUUCAUUGCGUGAAUAAAAUAACAAGAGUCACGCAACGGUGAAUAUCAAAUGGCAGUCUGAGUAAUCAUGCGAGCUCAGAACAGAGGUGAAGUAAAAGCCAUUAUAAUAACAAAACAGUUGAUGUUGGGAUGGUAUUCCACUGGGAUUUGUCGUGAGAUGGAGCGUUAGGUUUAAAUAACCAAUGGCCUCUGAGCACGAUAGCACAGGUGACAAAGUGAACGUGUUUCUUACUGACGCGGAUCAAAGGGCUUGAUAGACACAAUGCGUCUUUCAGGUUCAUUUAUCAGGAAGUAACUUCAACUGUGUGAUGUAAGAGAAAUGUUAUUGACAGACAGAUGUUAUACCGUUGUUGAAUAAACAUAUAGAAACUUCUGGAAACUUACUUCCAUUUAAGCUGUGAAAAAAAAAUCAAUUUUCUGGUUAAAAUUACAAAGGCUAAACAUGAUAAAAUAUAAAAAGGAAAACAAAACAAAAGGAAGCAGAACUAAACAGGAUCUUUUCUAGUGAUAGAAAAGCGACAACAACUUAAUAAGACGUAAAAUGCAUAUAAGUGAGAAGCUCUAAGAUAAAUAUCGUCAUAAUCUCUCCAUAUGUUUCUUGCUGGGGUGUAUAUCCUUAACCCGCCUUGCUAUCGUUUUCAUGAUUAUCUUUGGAAAAGAAAACCGCAAAAGUAGUCAGGAAAUGCGCCCGUCUGAUGAAAAUCGCACUUUUUAGUAUAUGAAUAAAUUUAAAGAAUGGGAUUUUCUGCGCUUAAAGUUCCAACAUGGUGAAUUAGAAUUUUUCUUUUCUGCUAUGAGUACAAUCUGAGGAUGUAUGGAGCAGCCUGGUCUUGAUUAUUUUUUCUUCUUCUUUUCUAAGGUUUUGACAUUUUCGAGUUCCUUCCAGGAUCUCGACUAAUUGCGGGUUUACUUAUGGAUGGAUCAAGAACAAUUUUGAACGGAGCAAAGUUUGCAUCUCGUCUUCACUUGGAGAACGUACUACUGAAUCUUUUGCUUAUAUUCUUCGUUAAUGUAUUACUAAAAAAGAACAUUAUUUCUUUGGAAUUACAAGUCAUAACAACAGCGAUUCUUCAGUGGGAAAAUGCCCAAGCAACUCUUUCACCAACGCCGUCAUAUACGCUUUCAUCAAGUGCGCACAUAAUCAAACCCUCGCCGCCAGCUAACAAUUCUCUCUCAAGUGAAACAUCUCAAGGGAAAAAUCAAUUGAAUUCACAAACGGCAGCUGUCACAGAAACAAACUUAGAGUAUUCACAAGGUAAGGUUACCCUCUUAUCAAUAAGUUUUGGGGCCAAAUAUUGCUUAAUGCACCACAUCUACGCCAAGCAAGUCUUAUAUGUUUUUUAUUGUUUCUUCACUUAUUCCUGACGAAACGUAUUUACGUAGAAGUCUUUAAAUGUCACGUCUUCGUUCAUUAGUCUACUCGCCUAUUGAUUUAUCAUUCAGUUAUUUAUUCUUGCCCUUUACGUUUGCUUACUCGCCAACAGUUAGGCAUGAAACAUUUCAAACACUAAAUUUGUUUGGGGUUGAAGAAAGAAUAAAUGCAGGUAUAAUUCAAAAUCUUAAAUUCACGACGCCUAAGGCGCGGACAGCCAGUCUGGAGCAGAAUUUGAGACUAAUUUUCUUUACUCCCAUAUUUUUUGUUUGGCGUUUGUUGUCCCAACGUCACUAACUUUUUAAUUAAAUUAACUGACACAGGAACCAGGGUGAAUGGGCCUUCAGGGCAUUCUUUGCUGUGCAAAAUUAAAAAAAUCUGUGAGUAGUGAUUAGAUUUUAAUCUUGGCACAACUUACCCUCCUAACUGCCCUCGCCAGUCCCUCAGGCUAUUAAAAUAGACCGUCCAUGAGGUUUUUUUUUUGGGGGGGGAGGGAGUGGUGCGGGUGAAGGACAAAAACCAUCAUCGACCCAGGAUUUAGUAAACAGUUUAAUAGACAGUUGUUCUUUGUUUAUCUUGGCAGGAACUUGUGAUGAAGAUUGGAUUCACGAGGGAGAUUUAUGUUACAGAAUUGUUAAAGAACUGAGACAGUUUAAUCACGCUGAAAGAUUCUGUGAGAUGAACUCUGCUCAUUUGCUAUCAAUUGCAAACAAAGAAGAAAAUGAUAAGAUUUUUGAUUUAAUUAAGAAGUUUUUAGGUCCACCUGGUAAAAUUAAAAUAUGGCUGGGGAUGGAAAGGCUAUCUUCUGAUUCAGAACUCCAUUGGAUUGAUAAAACACCAAUUACUUUUAAUAACUGGGCACCUGGAGAGCCCGAUAAGAACGGCGCAUGCGUGCAAAUGAUUCAUAAGGGAUGGUGGGAAGAUGCUUCAUGUGUCCAACGACUUCCGUCUAUCUGUAAGAAAGGUGAGUAACUCAUUUUUUUCAAAAGUUCUCCUUUUAAUAACAUAACUUAAAAUAUUUAUAAUUUUUUCUUCUUUUUUUUUUUUGCCUAUAGGUAGCAAAGAGAAUCUGCCUUACUCCAGAGCUACAGAGCUUGGGAUCCUGAUCGGCAUUCCACUCACGUGCUCUGCUAUUAUGUUAUCAGUGGUAGGUGUGCUGCUCGUCAGAAGCAUUUACGACUCAGAAGGAACUUACUACGGAUACGGAAAAAAUCGUAACAAGGACAAAUUACACUCCUGCCUUGUCACCAUGACAACGAGCAUUGCACAUGUCUCAACUAUGGGGUAUAAUGACGAGAGACGAUUCAGUGAGACCAGUAUAAGGUCUAAUCAUUCUGCACAAUCUUCGCACUCCCAUGCUAAUACUCAUUCCGCUGAUCAUUCUCGCGGUAACUCCAUCGUGGAAGCUCCGGAAAUAAAAAUCACUCCAGAGACACCUGAAGCAGAUAGACGAUUUGAGGCCAGAGUAUUUGCAUCUUCGAGCACGAGUAUUGACCAAGAAAGGUUUCAAUCAACCACAAGCCUAGAGAAUCUGCUGUCGAGGAAGUAUAUCAAGUCUAAAACUCGCCGAUUACGUUCAUUACGUAAGUCAGAAGCUGUUGUUACACCCGCUGGGCACGACGGGAAAUAUACAAAGAAAGGGGACCAAUUUGAAUUUUAUGAAAUCUAGUUCUUAACUAAUGGUAAGAAAUUUUACUUAACUUAGAAACGUUUGAAUCAAUGACAUAUGGACGAGAGCAUCUCGAUGUUGUAUACAAUUUUUUGUCAUUUUCGAAUUCAUUGGCUAUCUGGCUCAUCAGUUUGCAGUCAGUUUCAUUAUGCUGGUUGGUGUGGAGACUUUUCUACAAGAGAAUGAAUUAAUGUGAUGGCAAACUCGAAAAAAUGAUAUAUUGGGAACAUUCUUACGUUCACCUAAGCUGUAUCACCUAAACUGUUAUGAACUGCGAUAAGCUUUAUUUCUGUCUAUAGCAGUUGUGAGUCGCUUUAUUAGAUGACGAUUAAUUUACUAUUUAUAAUGACUUGGGUGCCUUAAUUGGUCACCUAUGGAAAUUUAAAACAUAUUUUACAUAAAAGAAACAAACUAUUAAAUUCAAAUAUCUAUUCUUGGUAAAGGUUUCAUUUCAAAACCUUUCCUAACCUUAAGCAACUAGUUUGAAAUUUACAUGGAUGUCGUAGCUGCGCUAUGUAAAGCUAAUCUUUAAGUGCCAAUUGUUCAUUAAAUCAUCCAUUUUUGUUAGUGAUAGGUAUUUUGGUUCGCCUUUUCAAAAGAAAUUUCAGCAUCUGGUGUCAAUGAUGAAACAAUCCGAUAGAGCUAUCCAAAACUUAUCCAACACAAUCUGUGUUUCUCAGGAAACUGUUCAGAGACAAUUUCUUUUUCUUAAUAGGUUUGCUAUGAUAGUGACACUCUGUUAGGACACUCUAAUUAUUUUUAUAGUUAAGAUCACAAACUAAAUAUAAUUUUGUAAGUUAAAAAAUAAAACGCACCAGAAGCAAGGUAACAGC